AUGGAGGCUUCGCCGCCGCCGCCGUCGCCGCCGCCGCCGCCGCGGCCCGUCACGCACGUCAUCUUCGACAUGGACGGUCUCCUGCUCGACACGGAGCGCCUGUACUCGGCGGUGUUCGGGGAGGUGUGCGGGCGCUACGGGCGGCGCUACGACGGGGCCGUGAAGGCGCGCACCUUGGGCAGGACCGCGCCCGAGGCCGCCGCCGCCGUCGUCCGCGCCCUCAGCCUGCCGCUCAGCCCGCAGAGCCUGCACCGCGAGACCCACCACCGCCUGCAGAGCCUCUUCCCCACCGCCAACCUCAUGCCAGGGGCCGAGAGACUGGUGCGUCACCUGCGUGAGCACGGCGUCCCGUGCGGCCUGGCCACGAGUUCGUGCUCGGCCUCCUUCGAGGCGAAGACGCGCCGACACCGCGACUUCUUCUCACUCUUCGACCCCGUCGUCCUCGGCGAUGACCCCGAGGUGCUCCAGGGGAAGCCCGCCCCCGACAUCUUCCUCGCCUGCGCCCGCCGCUUCUCGCCCCCGCCCGAACCCCAAGCGUGCCUGGUGCUGGAGGACGCGCCGCUGGGCCUGCGGGCGGCGCGGGCGGCGGGCAUGCAGGCCGUGCUGGUCCCCGAGGAGCCGCUGAGCGCGGAGCUGACGGCCGGCGCCACCCUCGUGCUGCCCUCCCUGUGCCACCUGCGCCCGCAGCUCUUCGGCCUGCCCGCCCUCCCCUGACGCCACGCGCCUCCUCGCACCCAGAGCCCGGCCGCCGUGCCC